AUGGCCUGGCAGUCUCCUUCUGCCAUGGCUGGGAAUGGAGGAGGACUUGGGGGUGCGCCAGGUGAGGGGAUGCCCAAUCAUCCUCACCCACAAGGGACCGAAUAUACAUUGCAAGGUGUUAUGCGCUUCCUUCAAACCGAAUGGCAUCGGCAUGAGCGAGACCGUAACGCCUGGGAAAUUGAGCGCGCGGAGAUGAAGUCUCGCAUUGGACGCCUGGAGGGCGAUAUUCGAACAAGCAAACGAUUACACGAAUCUCUCGGAAAGCAUGUCAAAAUGUUGGAGAUGGCAUUAAAAAAGGAGCGGGAAACGGUCCGCAGCCUACGCAAUGGAGAAAAAGUCGACGAUAUUCGCGACCCAAAGGAAGUUGCCAGGGAAAACUUGAGACAUCUACCGCAAACCAGCAAAACGAAGACUGCUUUCUUAGUUCCUGAACUAGAGAACGACCCAGCUCAGGCCGACUUUCGACAAGAUGCAGAACGCGAAAAGUCUCGUGUAUACCUCAGCAAAUGUGCACAAGAAGUUUCAUAUCAUGUCAUACCUGCCUCUCACCCGCCGCUGGAGUUCAGCGGUCAGGAUUUGCAAGGCAAUUUAUAUGGAGAUCAGCAACUACCACAACAAAGUCUUGAGGAGGCAUAUCACCAACAGAGGCAGAAACAGCAGCAGCAGCAGCAGAACAAUGUCAUGGUUCGUGAGUCUGCUAUACAGAGUCAUCAAUCAAUGCCAGCGAAUUAUGUGGAGAACAAUCGAUCAGCCCUUGCAGCUGCACAGGCGGAACGUCGAAACAUGGCCGCUCAAACCACAGCAAACAACACCGAAAAUUUUACAUCCGAUGAUUUGACGAAUAAUAAAGGCCACGCAGAUGAUUCUGGUCUGUCCCGUACUUCCCAAGCCUCUCUUCAGCAGAAAUCCCAGGAUGCACCCUCAGAGACUGGUGGCUGGAAUUUUGAAGAGGCCGCCCCAACGUCGGCCGUCCAGGUUGACACGACAUCUCAUCAUCGACCAGACACAGAUGCAUUUCCAAAAGCUAACUUUGUGCCUGCGAAAUCACCCACUCGCGGAUCCCAUCGACGCAAGAGCUCAGGCGCCGCGAGGCGGAAAAGCGAAGGCGCUGUAGACAGAGAGUCCGCAGCAUUGCAACACAACGUUGACUCUACGUUCAAAGUACGGUUUGCUCUCCGUGGUCAUCUGGACGUCGUGCGAUCGGUUAUCUUCACUGGUGGCGGUAGUCCAUCUGAACCUGAGAUAUGCACUGGUAGUGACGACGGAACUAUCAAACGAUGGAUUUUGCCUGCUUCAUACGGAAGUUUUGGGCCUGGAGCCGGAAACGACCUUGAUAUAACUAGUUAUUUCACACAUCGCGGCCAUGUCGGUGCUGUAACCUCGCUUGCCGCAUGUCCUGCGUCGCCUAAUUUCUCUAAUGGUGGUCGGGCAGUUGGUGACGGAUGGGUCUUCUCUGGCGGACAGGACGCUAGCAUUCGGGUCUGGGAACGUGGCCGAGUUGAUCCUAAAGCAACCUUGGAUGGCCAUACAGAUACUGUCUGGGGCCUAUGCAUCUUACCUGGUACAGCAGGCUCGAUAUUCGGAGAUGUUUGCAGUAACUACGGUGGUCCUGACCGCAUUCUACUCGCUUCUGGUGGCGCGGAUGGCCGCAUUAUCAUCUGGGCAGUGAGUGCACCGCCACAAGUCACGUCUCCUCAACCUGGUGCUAGACGAGGAGCUGGAGGUCGUCGAGCCAAUUCCAUUUCGUCUGGAUCCAACUUCCCUUCUUCUCCACAGCCUCACACAACCACAAGUACUGUCUUUAACUAUACCAUUGUCCAUAAUAUUGUUCGAACCGAGUCCCCAUCACCAACCUGUAUUAGCCCGUUGUCUCUUGCUGGUGUAAACUUUGUCGUCUCUUAUACCGACGCGUCGAUCCUUGUCUAUGAUACCAGAACGGGCGAGGAGGUUGUUGGAAUGGCCAGCUUGGAAACCUACGAUGGAACACCGUCAACAGGUGUAAACUCUGUUGUGACUUCGACUAUUGGUUUUGACGGAACCGCCAGUCUUGACCCGAAUCGGGCCUUGACAGAAGAAGAAGCAGUCGUGCACGGAGCAACAGGAACGAGCGGUGGAGUGGAGGGUGUUAUUAUCAGUGGCUAUGAGGAUAGGUACAUCCGAUUCUUCGAUGCAAACAGUGGACAAUGCACGUAUACCAUGCUAGCGCAUCCUUCUGCCAUCUCUUCCUUGUCCUUGUCACCAGAUGGUCGGGAACUUGUCUCCGCCGGACACGAUGCAAGCCUGCGAUUUUGGUCGCUAGAAAAGCGUAGUUGCACCCAAGAAAUCACCAGCCACCGGUUAAUGCGUGGAGAAGGCGUCUGCUCAGUAGUAUGGAGCCGUGAUGGCCGAUGGGUUGUUAGUGGAGGAGGAGAUGGUGUCGUCAAAGUAUUCUCGAGAUGACUGAUGAUCUAAUAUCUUGCUACAUGGCUCGUUCCUUUUUGUUUCUUCUGAUGUCUUCUUACUCCCCUAUGAUAUUCUCUUCUUCGCUUGCAUUCGUCAAACCCGACUUUGAUCUUUGGAUCUAUGAGCGAGCAUUUGCAACUGGGAGUCGUGUAUUUCCACAUCUGAGAUCGAUACGGGCAUCUCUAUUCUUGUUCUACUCUUGUCGCUGUUUUAUUACGAACCAAAACUCGACCUCUUCGAGGAUUUCUUGUGAAUACAUGUAUACUUUCUUUCUUUUUACUGUUUAACAACCAUGCUUUUAAUAUGAGAAUGAACGCAUGUUCACGACCACCAAGGAUAUCAAAAAGGUUGGUAUAUCAGGUGCUUCCCCGUGUUUUUGUCCAGGAUAAAACAAUCCAGAGAUUUAUACAUCACGUGUCCUCCCAUUGUCUUUGUGGAGGAUAUAACAAGUCCAGCAAUUGGUAUCUCAGGUGCUCGCGGGGUGUUUAUCAAGGAUAUACUAAGUCCAAAGAUCGAUAUAUCAAAUGUCCUUCUAUUGUGUUCGUCGAGGAUAUAGAAAGUCCAGAGAUUCUAUACCAGAUGCCCUCCAAUUGUCUGUGUCGAAGAGUCCGCCGGCCCAAUGAUUGGGCUUUCGGUGCUCCCCAUAGCAAGUCCAAAGGUUGAUAUACCAGGUGCCCUGCCGUUGUGUUUGUCAGGGCAAUUUGUCAACCCUGAUAAAUCAUGCAUCCUUGACAAACGCACACAACUUCCCAACCGGGAAACCGGGCAAUCGUGUCCCCCUUUUCCUCUCUUCCCCUCUUCUUCUCUUCUCUCUCUCACCAUAAUUGCAGCAGACAGUCUCCAUAUACAAAUCAAAGAGUCCUUUCCAGCUUCAAAUCUAUCAUCUUUCUCUUGUCUUUUUCAUCAAAUACCAGCAAUGUCUGCACAGGAAAGUGAGCCUUCCUUUGGUGCAAGUGCUUCUGGCGGCGGUGGCCGUUGUAACAACAACUCUGGAGGUCGUGGAGACCGUGGUGGUCACGGCCGUAUUACAAAAUAU